UUAUUGACAUUAAUAUAAUGACUGGUGUACUUUUAAGUUUUGUUACGGCAAUUAUAUCGGUUAAAAGCGAAAGUAAGUAGUUAUCAGCUCAUAUUCUAUCACCUAAUAUAGCUAAUUUAAAAUGUUUUGUAAUUAAUCUUAAGUAUGAAGUUCAUAUUUAUUUCCUUAUUCUUCUAUAGGUAUCACUUUAACAUAAAUCCUAAGUUGAUCUCUUUCCUUUGUUAUUUAUGCAAAUAUAUAUUUCAGUUUUGUAAAUUAUUUCAGUUAUGCAAUUCAACAAUAAGCCAUUAGUUGAUCAGCUGCAAAAGUCGCUGACGCAAGUCAACGAUAUGCUCGCUGACAUCGAAGUCAAGAUAGAUAGUGAAAGGAAACAAUUAUCGAAGACGGAUUAUGACUUGCACCAAAAAGAUACUGCGACUGGCUUCAUGGACUAUCAGGUGUCUGACAUUUGGUGGUCCACGAAAGAGCCAUCUCUGAAAUCCAACCCUCCUUUCGUGCGGAGCCCGCAUGAACUCAAAAAUGGUAUGCGUUACAAACCUACAGUAACACCCACAACACAAGAAAUAGCUAUCCCAGAUAUAGUCGCACGCUGGGCUCACAGCACCACAAGUUUACCAGCGCUGCGUGUCAGAAACUUAACACAAAAAACAUCAAAAUCAACGUCGUCAAUAGCUAAGACCACGACCACUUUAAGCACGAUCACGACGAAUACCCCAGAAUCAGGAAUCACUGCAGAAAGUUUUACGGAGCCACAGUUUAUACCAAGAAUUUCCCAUAGCAUAUAUCUAAAAUGGCCGCUUGAGAAUACUCCACACCCAGGUAAUACUGAAUUUGUCCACGAGCUUGAGAGUGCUAUGAACAAAACUAACUACGGCUAUUUCACUGUCGGGAUGAUCAAGUUUUUGGAAAUGCUCGCUACCAGGGAUCCCAACAAUACAACACCAGUAUUAACUGCAAUGGAAGAAGUUGCUGGCAAAUUAUUAAAAACACACAGAUGGCCUGCAUUCUACGUGGCCUUUCGGAACGAUGUCGUUGUUUUGAUGAAGACCAUGAACUCGCAUCCCAUCGACGAACUGCAACGUAAUAGUUCUUGUCAUUCAUAUUUUCUUAGGUCAUUAAUAUAA